AUGGCGUACGUGCGCGCGCCCGGCGGCGUGGCGGUGCGGGUGUCGCCGUCGCAGUUCGCCAUCGCCCCCGGCGCGGCGCGGACGCUGCGGAUCGUGCUCAACACCACCGCGCCGGGGAACGCGUUCAGCUUCGGGGAGGUGGUGCUCAAGGGCGACAAGAAGCACCGCGUCCGGAUCCCCCUCGCCGUCUACCCCGCCGCGGCACUGAGCCCAUGA